AUGCGUACACCAGACCACGGAGGUAGUUUGAAGUUGCUCAUGCUCAGCAUCGUUUUAGGGAUUGCAUGUGGUGACUCUAUAAAGGUGACCUCAUCACCUAGGACCAUCAUCAGACCAAGUGAAAAGAGCUCCAGGAGUGAGGAUGAAUUUGAGAGGAGCAUCAAAGUGUUGAUAGAGAACAUCAGAUCCUUGUCAAAAGAAGAACAUGGAGAAGAGGCCUCACCAAAUCUUCAUCAGAGCAUGAGCAGAAUGUCAGCACCCAUUGAGAGAAUCGCAAUUGACAGCACUAACCUAGAUACUUACUUGACAAUAUUCAACAGUUUAUUCUCCAUAUACCAGCCCGCAAUGAUUGACAGUUUCAUUGAAACUCUCCCUCAGACUUUAAUUUGCGUUUUAGUGGACAGACAGCACUGUGGAUGGCAAGGAGAUUUAACCAGUAUCGUUUCAUCUGCAUUGAAUGAACAAUUACUUUCUGUGAUCUCCUCUGUUAAAGCUGAAGCUUGCAUGACAACAUCUAAUCUGCGAAUGGCAGACUCCACUGUGGCUCAAUUAAGGUCUCUUCAGGAGAUGUUGACGAAUGUUUUGUCCUCAGACCUCCCAUUUUAUCUGCUGUCAGACAACUUUUUAGCCUUAUGGAAUAGUUUUAUGGACAUGGCAAUUCCACCAGUGAUGUCAUUCAUGUCUGAUUUCAUGUUGAGUGCUCUUCAAACGCCAGUGGAUUUUCUAAACCUGGGAUUACAGUUUGGCAUUAAGAUCCCUACCCUAGACCAAAGUGAGAAGUGUCAACAAGGUGAUCUCAAACAGCUUAUCAUGUGGGGCAUGAAUAAUAAUGUAAGCUGGUCUUUUGGACAGUCACUUCUGGAUAUGUUUUUGGCCCCUGAAACUCCUCCUUGCAGUUUCCCAAGUCCAGAAUGCCAGGCCACAGGCAGCAUCCAGUUCGGUCGUACUGGCACAACCUCAGUGAACAUUCCCACGUAUAGUCUCACCUGCGAACGGCAAAACCUGAACCAACUCGACGAAACCCUUUGUGCAGCAAUUUUAGGAGCAACAUCUCAGGAAUCCUAUGUCCUUUAUCAGAUGUGUCGAGCGCUCCGCACACUCUCUCAAACUGAAGUGACAAAGGUCUGGAGGAACGUGUGUCACAUGAUCAAGAACGUCAGUUUACCUCUCAUUGAGCCCUGCAGUGAUCCUGGCAUCGCACAAUCAAGUCGUAUUGCGCGGUCCACUCUCAGCCUCAGCGAACUACUCUGCGACUAUCAGAACUGGACUAUUGCUGACGCUGUGGACCCAGCUCUGGUCACAAUGUGCAGUGAAAAUGAUCAUGCGGCAUUCAUUCUUGCUGUGUGUAACAAUGCUGAAGCUAUGCAAGUGCUGGUCAGAAAUCCUAGUAAUGCUUGGGUGUGGGAAUUUUGUGCAAACGUGUCAGACACGUACAUAGUGAACCUGUAUUGUUCAUAUAACAUGUGGACUGCUGAAACCAUCGACCCAUCAAUAGUGACGUUCUGCUGGUAUAAUGACAUGGAGAGAUUUCAUUUUUUUCUGUGUGACAGUAUGCCCUUCUUUAUGGUUGUGUUCUCCAGUGAAGAAAACAACUGGCUGAAGCCCAAUUGCUCUCAACCUCCUCCACAAAUCAACAUCAACACCCUUGUGGCUGAGUCUUGCAAAUACUCCGAAUGGAAGAACGUACGAGCAAUCACCCCUGAACAGAUCUCUGUAUGUAUCCAAAAUGAUGAGGUUCGAUUCAUUAACGAGGUGUGUGUUAACCACACGUUUGUCACUGAACUUUUGCUGAAAAGUGAAAAUGCUUGGGUAGAGCAAUAUUGCACAUAUUCUAUCAGGAAUCCCCCUACAAGCCCACCGCCGCUGAGCAUUGAUAUUUGGUGUAACUAUAGCAAAUGGACUAACAUGUCUGUGGAUCCAUCUGUGGUUGCUCUAUGCUGGCAGUAUGACCAGAUCGGCUUCCAUCAGAACGUCUGCUGCAACAUACCCUUGUAUGACAAGUUGUCUCUUCAUGUUGACAACCAAUGGCUGAUUAGAGAGUGCUCUGAUAAUGACACCACAAAUGUGUUGGAGCAACUUUGCGUCUAUUCAGAUUGGAGCCAGCCUACUAUUGUAGACAUGACUGAACUUGCUCUCUGUGCAGAUCUUGACACUGAGAACUUCACUCGGAAUGUAUGUGCCAACGCUACGGUUCUCCAGAAUCUGCUGGCAAAUUUAGACAACACCUGGUUAUUGGAGCAAUGCUCAAACCUGACUGCGCCUGGCCCAGGUGGUGGGGCUGGGAACGGGGGGAGCCUGAUAGGUUUCCGACCGGCUGAGCAGUGUCAGUACUCCAGUUGGGCUUUGGUGCUCCCGGAUGCUGCUCUCCUCGCUCUUUGCUGGGACUAUGACCAGGCCAACUUUAUCUCCUUCAUCUGUGCUGACUCUUCCAUGCUCACCCACAUCACUCGGGAGCCCUCCAGCCUCUGGGUCAGCACUCUCUGUGCUACAUACACAGCUCCCCAAACCACCAGUGUCGGUGGGAGCAACGAAACAACUUCCCAGCCAUGUCUAACUAGGGAGUUAGCUAAGAAGCUAAACUGGACAUGCAGCACAGACUUCAGCGCUGUCUGCCAACCAGGUGCCAGUCAAGUCCAGGGUCUUCGGUUGCUGUUGCGCUGUGGGAUAAAGAUCAUCCAGCCUCGCUUGGAGAAUCUCAUGACUACACGGGUGACAUCGGUGGUCAAGCGGGCCACCAGCCUGUGGGUUGUCCUGCUGUUGGCUUUAGAAGAAAGCCAUUUGACCUCUCUGAGGGUGACCGAGAAUAUUCGGCUCAGUGUGUUUGACUCAAUUGUCAUCUACAUGGACAAUGAGACCAAUUUUGACAACAAGCGUGUGCUUUUGCAGUGCUUUGGGAAAGUUCUGACCAGUCUAAUGCAAACAGGAAGAGAUGUGCCCACUAACUUUUUCUUGAUCAAGGAGUAUUUCCGUAUUCCUCUAUCUCAUUUGAGAUCAGUGCUCAGUGCAGCAGACAGCAUAAUCGUGAGGGAGAUCCUGCUGUACUAUAACAGGAACUAUGCCACUUUGCAGCUAACAGAUGAUUACCUGCACACCAUGGUGUCUGUGCUCUUCCAAAUUCACUUGCCCAGGGAUAUUAGCCUGUUUCCUGACAUGGGUCUUUUGUUGGCUCUAGCUACCCCUUCAGACAUCUUGUCAAUGCCUCCGCUACAAAAUAAUAUCAAUGCGUUAAGCAUCAUUAACUUCAGCAUCAAAAACCUUUCCCUGGAGCAGCAGCAAGCGUUUGGUCGAUGGUUCAGUCAGUCCAUGAGCUUGCCUAACAUGACAGCCGGCAGCUUAUCCUUUAUCAGAGACACUGGUAACCUGAUCGCCUAUCUGCCCUUCCAGAGCUUCCAGUACCUCUCACCUGCUCAGCUGCUGGAUGGUUUGGAUGUCCUGAUGAGUAAUCGGUUGGGUCUCCUUAAUCAGCAGUUCAUUGCUCAGAGUCUCAUUGGAACCUUCGGGAAUCUCACUGUCAACCAGAUCAGGAGGUUAGGUAAUCUGUCCUGUCUGGCUCACCCCAGCCAGCUGAUGUCAUAUGCAGGAACAGAAGCCUACUCAGUGAUCCAGGACAACAUCAGGACGUGUGCGGUCCAGGGUUUUAGUGUUCCUAGCAAUAUGAUUUCCAGCUUGGUCUUGAAAUCGUCUGACCUGCAGUCUCCCUCCAGUCUCACUCCUCAGAGAGUCUCUGAGCUUGGCCCUUUUCUGCCCCUGCUGGGAUCCAGUGUCCUGCAGCAGCUGACCUCAGCCCAGCUCAUGCCUGCUCUCAGCACCCUCGCCUCUGUGCCUUUCACCCCUGCACAGGCACGUGUUAUCUUCGACAAGAUCUCAGCCAAUUUUAGCCUGGCUCUACCAGGCUCUGAGCAUUUGUCUAGGCUGGGAUCUCUUGUGAGUGGAGUAAAGGUGGAGACUCUAUGGGCUUUACCGACUGAUGUUCUGCUAGAAGCGUUACCUGCUAUGAGCCUUCAGACACCUGGGCUCACCCCCCCACAGGUCAACACUAUCAUCUCUAAACUCUGGGUACGAAACUCACUCUAACAGAUUUUCCCGUUAGGCUUCUGAACACGAACAUCUCAUAUUGGAGUCCCUCUGCUGCUGAUCAGAGACACUGCUGUACACACUCGCCUCUGGAACACACAGCAGGCUAAAGCUCUCUUUAAAGAGGCUGUCUUCUCUCACCCAAGUCUCUCACUACAAGAAUUUCUAUCUCUGGGGACACUGGCUACGGGAGUGAAUUGCUUGGACUUUAGACGAUUGUUCCAGAACCUGGCAUCUCUAUUGCCUCUACGUGACAUUAUGACAUUUCUAAAAGAGCAGCCUGUGCCACUUCACCCCUCACUGAAAAAAUGUGUAAUUGAGGAACUGUACGAGUUUGACUUCUUCUCAGAUUUACUUGGAGAUUUGGGUUCUCAAAUUGCCCUGUCACUUCCGCUGAGCACCAUUAAGAGAUUUCCACAAGAUAAGAUGAAUUCCCUGAGGAAAAUUAUAAUACAGGACCCAUAUUACUUCCUACUGCUUCCCAGCACCAAACAAGCUGUCCUGGUGGACAAGAUGGUUCAAAGACUGAAUAUGUACACUGGCCUGUACACUGAAGAAGAGUUUCGUUCGCUAGGUGUCAUGGCUACAUUUGUGACAGAUGAAAUGUUUUGGAAAUUGGAUAGGAGCUUUUUUGUUGAUGGUCUGGAGUUCCUACGAAGAUUCUGCUACAAUGCCAAUAAACGAGACCUGGUGGCAGACAUGCUACAGGAACAGUGGACAUUUGGCCCUGUAAAAAACUGGACAUCAGAGACACUGAACCAAGUGGACCGCUUCUUGUUUUUUCUCCCGAAGGACACUAUUCGGCUCAUCCCCUUAGGUUUGAUGAGCUUAGAGCGCAUCGAGAGGCUGUUCCUGAGUCAGCAGAAGUGGGAGAGAGGAGAGUUUGGCUCUCUGUGUCAGAAACCCUCAGAGCUGUUUGAGAAGAAGCAGUUUGUGCUUCAGUUCUUCCUCGGCUUCCUCAGAAUGGGACGUGCCCCUUAUACUGGACUGAUCCCCUCUUGUGAGAGCCUGCAUGUGACACAACCUGCUGCCUGGACUAUUGACAGCCUUAGAAACAUGCCACAAGCUGCAUUUCGGAGGUGCUUGGAGCUCAUUGGCCAGGAUCCAUUUUUCAGUGCAUUCGAGCUGUUAAUGCUCCUUACAAAGACCAAAGAGGUGUAUGGGAUGCCUUCCUCUUUUAACUCUUCAGUGAUCUCUCAGUUGGGUCGCAUUGCCACUCAGCUUUCACUUGAAGAAUUGGCCUCUCUUAGACUCUCUGAAAUUCAGUCCAUUUCAGCUACGGGGGCUCUCAACACAUGGACCAGCAGACAGCUGAAAUCACUAUUCUCCACGGUUCUGAGCUCAACCAGAAAGACUCCUAGCCAGUUAGACUCCAGCACUUUUGUGGCACUGGGGCACAUUGUGUGUGGGAUUGACGCACCAAUCAUGCGCAUCCUGAAUCCAGUAGAGUUCAGUAAAGCAGUUUUGUGGCUUGGCCGUUUGAAUUUGUCUUGCUCUGAGGAACAGCUGCAGGCAUUGAUAGGGCUGCUCAGUCAUAGCUUGGCAUUUGGACCGGUCAGCUCCUGGGGAUCAGAGGUCUUCAUUGAGAUUGGAGCGAUUGCAGUGGGCCUGCCUGACAUAGCCAUGUCUGCUUUGGUGAGGGAACAGAUAGAAGGAAUCACCCCACUUGCCAUCUCGCUCAUCCCAGCGGGCAAAUUUGCAGUUGUGUUUAACCAGGCACAGAUUCGUAUGUUCGCGUAUGAUCAGGCCAUUGCUGUGACUGAGGCCCAGCGCUCCGCUCUGUCUCCAGUACAGCAGACGGCUCUGUCCAUGGUGCUCAACCCCUGGGAGGACAAACCUGUUGAUUUCGGAGGCAGGUCACUGGGAGUUGCAAUGCAUCCCUGUCCUUUCUUCUACCUCUCCAGCAUCCUGAUAAUGCUACUAGCAGUACCACCUGUGGUUGAAAAUUAA